AUGGAAGCUUUGGAGGCACUCAUCCUUCAGCGUCCCUCCACACUGAGCACGCCACAAAUGCAGACUCCUGAGUCUCACUUCUUCUUUAACGUGUGGCGUUUCAUGCACCUCCUGACAGCCGCUGGCAACUGCCAGAGCAGCAACCCCUCCCCGGGGCUGGAUUUUGGCCUAGGUAGCUCAGAGGAGCUGGAGAAGCUGCGCCGUCUCAGUGCCUGGUCUCCAAAUGCCGUGCCCAGCACUGGCUCUCAUACUCUGGCCCCAGGGUAUAAAACCAGCCCUGGGGCACUAGGAGGCUCAAAGUUCCACACACCUUGGAAGGAGCAUCCAGCUGUGGGAGGAGAUGUGCCAGGCCCAGCUACUGCUGGCUCUGCUGGGCAUCUUUCCUGCCCAAGGGCCAGUGCCAGUGCUCUACAGGGUCAGACUGUGCGGGGCCACGAGGCUCAGCCCCACUCCCGCCCUGACGUGACAUACCUGAAUGUAGGGAAGUUAGCCCGCGGAGGCUUCCUGGUGGCCCCUGACUGGGUGAUGACAGCUGCGCACUGCAUGGGGAAUGCCACGGUCAUUCUUGGGGCUCACAACAUCCAUGAACCAGAAACAACCCAGCAGAUCCGGGGAGUGCUCAGAUACCACCAGCACCCUCAAUACGACCCCAACGCUGUGUCUAAUGACAUCAUGCUGCUCAAGCUGGCAGCAAAGGCUGCUCUUGGUGACUACGUCAACACCAUCCCGCUGCCCAAGACCAGCAGUGACCUCCCCACAGGCACCAAGUGCAGUAUAGCUGAGUGGGGCCUGGCUGAUGACAGCCAGGCAACCAACAAGCUCUUUGAAACUAAAGCCUCCAUCUACAGCCGCAGGAAAUGCAUCCGCUUCUACCCACAUCUCAACACUGGCAUGAUCUGUGCCAGCAGCUUCCAUGAGCUCAGGGAUUCCAGCCAGGGAGAUUCUGGUGGGCCGGUAUGCAAUAAGGUGGCACAAGGCAUUUCCUUUGGGUACGACAUCCCACCCACGGCCUACACCCGCAUCUAUCUGCCCUGGAUCAAAAAAACCCAGCAGAAGUAGCUCCAACAUUGCUCCAACAUUGGUGUGGACCUGGACACUGCAAUGGUUUUCUUCCUGCCCCUGCUGAAGGCUUGACUCCCUCCUCUCUCCUUGGGAACCUGAGUGACCUGAUCAGCAAGGGUCCCCUUCUUUCUGUUCCGAGGCUGAUGGCUGUCUCAUUCCCUGCCCGUCUCAGACAGCCAGUUCAGGGUCAAGUUAAAUCACCCUGGCAGAAGCGGGGAUCAUCCCAGAUGGCACCAGAAAAAGGCUGUGCUACAACAGACCCCAUCCCUGCUUGAACCUUGCUGCACUUAAAACACCUACAGUAAA